CAUGCUACAUAGUUGGACCCUGGGUCUCUAUCCAGACAACCAGGCUCCAGUAUUUCUUUGACUUUUCUGUAUGUAAGCCAUGCUUUGUGAAGUUAAAAUAAUGUGCUGAUAACUGAUUACACUUGUCAACGCACAUUUUGUUGCCUCAAACGUUUGGCCAGUUUCUGGGUAUAUUCGACAUGCUGAUUCCAAAAAUGGUACCAGUUUUCAUUUAUCAGCUCUAGUUUUCUGAGAUACACAACAUAUAUGCCAUAUAGCAGUCUUCAUGUGCUCGCCCAUAGAAAACCAUGAUAACCAUAUUCAAGAAACUGGAGCUGAUACGAUCUAUCCAAUGUGAUUUUCUGAGGCCCCUUCUACACUGCCAUAUAAAACUCAGAUUAUCUGCUUUGAAUUGGAUUAUAUGGCAGUGUAGACUCAUAUAAUCCAGUUCAAAGUAGAUAAUGUGGAUUAUUUGCAUUGAUAAUUUGGAUUAUAUGGCAGUGUAGAGGGGGUCUGACUCAGUGCCCUUAAAUAAACCCAGGAACAGGCUCAAAACCGAAGACACUAAUGGAAAAAAAACAGCUCACUUUCAGUUCAUUUGGACCAAGCUACAGAAGUUUCUACUGUUGGAUUUAGUUAAUGUUUUUACAAGGAGGGGAGGAGUUCACACACACAGGUCUGCUUUAUGACCUGGAAGCUCAGAGCAAACAUUCUGCUGAUACAAACUGAGUGACAAUGGCCAACUCGAAGGCUCAUUUGUUUUUGGAGAAUUAUAUUGGGGGCCAAUUUGUCCCUUCCUCCUCCUAUUUAGAUUCUUACGACCCAUCUACAGGGGAAGUAUAUUGCAAGGUGCCAGACAGUGGCCAGGAAGAGAUAGAGGCUGCUGUCAAGGCUGCAAAAAGUGCUUUUCCAGAAUGGUCUUCCAGAAGUCCCCAGGAAAGGUCAAAACUAAUGAGCAAACUUGCAGAUCUUAUUGAAGAAGAUCUGGAAUCAUUUGCACAAGCAGAAUCCAAGGAUCAAGGGAAAACUAUAACAUUUGCUAGAACAGUGGACAUCCCCCGGGCUGCUUACAAUUUCCGUUUCUUUUCAUCAUCCAUCCUUCACCAAACAUCAGAAUGUACACAGAUGGACCAUAUGGGUUGCAUGCAUUAUACUGAGAGAACACCUGUGGGAAUUGCUGGCUUAAUCAGUCCUUGGAACUUACCCCUUUAUUUGUUGACUUGGAAAAUUGCCCCAGCUAUUGCAUAUGGAAACACAGUCAUUGCAAAACCCAGUGAAAUGACAUCUGUCACUGCUUGGAUGAUGUGCAAACUUCUUAACAAAGCAGGGUUUCCCCCUGGUGUUGUGAACAUCGUUUUUGGAAGUGGUCCCAAAGCUGGAGAUGCUCUCGUUUCCCAUCCUGAAGUGUCAUUGAUUUCCUUCACUGGAAGCACCCUCACUGGUCAGCGCAUCAUUGAAAGGAGUGCUCCAUAUUGUAAGAAACUCUCUUUGGAGCUUGGAGGCAAAAAUCCAGCAAUCAUAUUUGAAGAUGCCAAUUUGGAUGAAUGUGUUCCUGCCUCUGUAAGAUCCAGCUUUGCUAAUCAGGGUGAGAUAUGCCUGUGCACCAGCAGAAUCUUUGUGCAGAGAAGCAUUUACAAAGAAUUUUUGAGAAGAUUUGUGGAAGCUGUCAAAAAGUGGAGGGUUGGAAGUCCCGCAGAUUCCACAGUUGACAUGGGAGCACUGAUAAGCAAAGAACAUUUAGCAAAGGUAAAGAGCUACGUUAAAAAAGCACAGGCAGAAGGAGCUAAGAUCCUGUGUGGAGAAGGAAUCGAUACCUUGGUGCUUCCUACAAAGAACCAGAAUGGUUAUUUCCUGCUUCCUACCAUUAUAACUGAAAUUGGCGAUGACUCGUGUUGCAUGCAGGAUGAGAUCUUUGGUCCUGUAACGUGUGUCACACCAUUUGACACGGAGGAUGAAGUCAUUCAAAGGGCCAAUGGGGUUCAGUACGGCCUGGCUGCCACUGUCUGGUCAAGCAACGUAGGGCGGGUUCAUCGUGUCGCCAAGAGACUUCAGUCUGGGUUGGUUUGGACCAAUUGCUGGCUUAUCAGAGACCUCAAUUUGCCCUUUGGGGGUAUGAAAGCCUCUGGAAUAGGCAGAGAGGGGGCAAAGGAGUCUUAUGAUUUUUUCACAGAAGUGAAAACCAUUACCAUAAAAUAUACCUAAAUGUAUUGAUAGAAAUGCCUAAAGCAUUCGUAAUAAAUAUAAAAUAAGCAAUAUCUGUGCUAUAACUUGAAUCCCUAUAUCAAGAGAAAGGUGGGAUAAAAAUAAAAUAAAUUAAGAAAACAAUGAAA